AUGGCAGGAAAAAAGUACGCUCUAAAGUAUAUACUUGGCUUGAUACUGUUUGCAAUGCUACUGUGGCAACUUCGGACAAAUCAUUUUCUCUCGAAUAAAAAUUCCACCUCCAUGACACCAGUUGCUGUAUGGAGAACGAAAACGGAUGACAUGAAAGAACCUGUUAAGAAUAGUUCAAAGCUAAAGAUACAAGCUGCGAAUAUCACAACACCGCACGGCAUAAAUGUAACAACUAAAGGAUCAGAGACAAAGCGUUGGCUUAUAGUAUAUUGGUCAAAGUUUUUUGGAAGAAGGCUCGAUCUUCACGAGACAUUCGAAAAAGGCGACUGCCCAGUACAGUGUGAGUGGACUAGUGAUCAAUCCAGAGCAAAAGAGGCAGAUGCUUUUUUAGUCCAUGCCAGGGACCCACGACCAGACCCACCAAUAAAAUCGGUGCCUUGGAUUCUGCAGACUCGAGAAAAUCCAAUUCACACACCGGUAUUGAACGACGCCAGCUUCAUGUCGAAAUUUAGCUACUUGAAAAGUUAUCGGCUGGACUCAGACUUUCCAGAUCCCUCUGUCUUGCUGCCUGGUGUAGCACCCCCUGUUCCUUUUAAGAAUAAGACUGGGCUCAUCAUGGCAGCUUUCUCAAAUUGUGAAGUUGUUCGAACCGAGUACAUGAGGCAGCUGAUGAAGUUUGUAAAGGUUGAUUCUUUCGGCGCCUGUCUAAGGAACAAUAAUAGUCUAGUGGGUAGGUACGGCAAAAACAAACAGGGCACUGAUUUCAGAGAUGCUAAAUCCAUGCUGGCCAGACAGUACAAGUUCAACCUGGUGUUCUUCAACCAAGACUGUAAUUAUUUUGUGGAUGCUCAACUACACCACGCAAUGGAUGCAGGCUCGGUUCCUGUUGUCAUGGCUACAGAUAAGCUGGAUGAGUUUCUACCCGGGCCCUAUCUUAACCGUUCAGUGAUAAAAGUGCGUGAUUUCAAGAGCCCACAACUGUUGGCUGAAUACCUCAAGUAUCUUAGCAACAACGAAACCGAGUACAAUAAAUAUCUGGAGUGGAAGUGGAAAGGAUAUGGCAACAUCAGUGGAACUGCUAUCGGAAAUUAUUGGAUGCCAAAGUAUCCGUUGUAUUGUCAAGUUUGUGUUGCAGUUUCGAAAGGGAAAGGACACAAAGAGGGUCUGAAACCAUUCAAUUGCAAACCAAGGAAAUUUGAAGACUGGGGAAUUACAAAAGGAGCCUAA